UGUCUGUAUUGUGGUGCGCGAUGUUGGAUUGCUUGAAUUUUUAAUUUAUUUACCUUCGUUUAGCAAAUAAAGAGAGUAAUUUUAUAUAAUUAUUUUGUCUAUAUGCGGACUGUAUAAAUUUUGUGGAAUGUGCAACUUAGAAUCAAGUAAAUUUUUUUCGUGAUAGUUGAUAAUAUCUGAUGACAAAAGGCCUUGCAGAAUAUUCACGGACAGUUUUCCAAAUGUGUUGUUUCGACAGAUAAUGGAUCCAAGAAUGUGUAGGAAAAUCAGUAGUAGUGAAAGUCUUCCAGAUACCGACCAUUUAGAAUUGGAGGUGUCGACGGUGAUCGCGCCGCAGGAGAGCGAUGAGAACCUGAUGCUGGACGGCAGCCCUGAGCUGCACUCCGUCACCUGGCUCGACGACGACCAGAUCGAGGACCUGGACCAGACCAUACCCUUCUUCCAGAGGGUCGAUAGCGCCGAUAUUAUAUACAAGAGCAAGAAGAAAAAAUGCAAAAUGAUAGGGAAAUAUGUAAUGGGAGACGUAUUAGGCGAAGGCUCGUAUGGCAAGGUGAAAGAAAUGCUAGACUCUGAAUCACUGUGCCGGCGGGCGGUCAAGAUCCUCAAAAAGAGAAAACUCAGGAGAAUACCCAAUGGUGAACAAAAUGUUCAGCGGGAAAUACAGUUGCUGCGAAUACUUAGACAUAAAAAUGUGAUAGAACUAGUCGAUGUUAUGUAUAAUGAUGAGAAACAGAAAAUGUAUCUAGUUAUGGAAUUUUGUGUUGGGGUCUUACAGGAUAUGUUAGAGGCAAGUCCGGGUAAGAAGUUUCCACAAAGACAAGCCCAUGAUUACUUCACGCAGCUGCUGGACGGUUUGGAGUACCUGCAUGGGCAGGGGGUGGUUCACAAAGACAUAAAGCCUGGAAACCUUCUCCUCACACUAGACCAAACACUCAAGAUUACAGACUUUGGUGUCGCCGAGGCACUAGAUUUGUUUUCUUCAGAAGAUACAUGUUACACGGGGCAAGGGUCACCUGCGUUCCAGCCUCCUGAGAUAGCUAAUGGUGCUGAAACAUUUUCCGGUGUCAAAGUUGACAUUUGGAGCAGUGGAGUUACAUUAUACAAUAUGACGACAGGGAAAUAUCCAUUUGAAGGUGACAACGUGUAUAGACUUCUAGAAGCCAUCGGUCGGGGGGAGCCCGCGCCGCCGCCAGAAUCAUUAGCUCCAACACUACGGGCGCUCCUAACCCACAUGCUGAAGAGGGAUCCAGAACUUAGGCCAAAUGUACAGGAAAUCAGAAGACAUGCUUGGGUAAAGGCCACCCCUCCACUGGAAUCGGGUGACAAGUUAGUAGCGGUGCGGUCGCGACGCUCGGACGAGUUGCACAGCUCCACUGUGAUCCCCUACCUCGUGGAGCGACACUACGCCUCCGCGCAGGAGUACUUCACCGAGCGCGAUCUAAGACACGAGCUGUGCGACAAUGGUUCGCGCACGCUGUCCACGGCCGAGCUUUCGGACGCGGAGUCUGCGCGUCGCAAGCGGCGCUGGCACUCGUCGUGCGGCCGCCUGCCGUCGUGCCGCCUCACGUGAUCCGCGCGCCCCGCCGCCACCACCACCGCCCGCGACACACACACAUGAUGGUUUUGGACAAACGGACAUUCGGUAUCACGUACUUCCCACUAUGUAACAGUAACAACAAAAUUCGGCUGGAUUCAAAGUUAUUUUUUAUGGCAUCACAGUGGAGUUUUUUAUUUCGACAGCGUAGCAAUAAUGGGUUCAUUUCAGAGCACAGGAACUCAAUGUAAUUCGUGCCACAACAAAACAAUACUGGUUUGUGUGGUUCUCUGAAAUUCACGCUCAUGCUCGAGAUUGAUUAAACUUUAGAUUUUCUUGAUAUACCUGUCACUUAUGUACAUAGGUUGUCGUUUUUGAGAAAAUUGUAAUGUAAAUUCUAUGAUUUACGUAGAACAUUUAUUAAUUUUAUACACUCGAUGAAAGCGUACUUUGAAUGUUGUAAUUUUGUUAGUCAUAUAUAAUUUAUAUCAUACUUCUCUGAGAAAUAGCUACACACCGAGAAUAAAACGACAGGUACACUGAAGUUUAAAGUGAUAGAAUCUUCUAGAUCUGUUAAAAAUAAAUUCAAAGCUAGUUGCUGAACAAAUAUUAUAUAUAGGUUCCGGUUUGAGUACUAAUGUAUUGUUAAUUGUUAAUAAUAGUCUAUCAACGAAAGCUGGGCACUUUAGAAGGCAGGGCCUUAUAGCUGCAAUAUUGAGAUUUUUGUAUUCGAAGGUUAACCUGCGCCGAUAGUUAGUGAUUGUUCCAGUAUAUGAAUAAGGAAGCUUUUGCUAGCAAUUUCUCGUUUAUGCAUUGGAAUAUACAGUACCUGUUAUGUAUGUUACGCACAAAGAUAAUAUUUCAUUUAAGUGCCUGAAGCAAUACACAUUAGGAGGCACCGAGAGUGCCUUGUGUCAACAAAUUUGUUCUCGAAUAGCUGUCUCACCGAACUACCUCGACAGAUGUGAAUUAAUGUCAUUUUGAACAAAAUUAUCACUGUAUAUAUUAUGUGUCGCGGUUUACUAUAACUACUACUUAAUACUGCAUAUGAUUUUUUAACACUAAUCGAUUUUGCAAUUAAAUGUUUUCAGUGUUGCUUGUUUCCAAAUUAAUUGGUUAUUUUAAUUUGGCCGUAGUGUUGCCAGUUAUUUUGCCAAAUAAUAUUAAUUAAUGUCAUUUUUAAGUCCUAUAGCUGUUUAGAAUAUAAUUUAUGUCUGUUUAGACCAUAUUUUAUGAAUAUUUAGUUUCUGCACUAUACAUAUAACAUUCGUAAGGAGCUAUUUUUAUAUAGUUCUUUAUGUGUUUCAAUGUUGAUCGUGACAAUACCGUUGACGUUGCAAUUUAAAAGUGUGAUUAUUAGACAUAAUAAUAAAAUAUUUUGUUUUGUGAUAGCUAUUUAAAGCAUGCAGGACUGAAUAUGUCGCGGAAACGGAAUGAUUAUAUUCUCAAAUUACUUGAGCUGCGAAUGUAAGCAUAUUUUUCUACACGAGGUGUCCUAUUUCUAACUUGAAAUGGUAGAAAAUUGAACAAAAUAUGUUGAUUCUAAAAAAUAAAAUGAUGCUCUUCUAAACUUUCGUUCUAUUAUAUUUCUUACUUUGUUAUUUUCCGCAAUUUGACGCUUGGGAUAUGAUUGUUUAAUUAGUGGUUAGAUCAAUGUAAAGUACAAGUUGUGGCAAUCUUGAAUAUGCGUCUUGUUUAAAGCUAUAUAAUUGUCAAAAUGUUCGUGUUUUUAGUGUAAACUAUGUAAGAGAAUAUUGCACAUGUUAAAACAGUGCGUCGGGUACAUUAAAAAUAUUUUUUCCGAAAAAUAUUGGUCAAGAAACUUUAUUUUUGAAUUAUCUUUGAGAUUUUGAUACAAAAUGAGCCAUCAAAUCAGCAAAAUUAGAUUUGACAUUAUGGUUUCUUUGGUAAUGUCGUAUCGGAACCGUUGAUCCCUGAAAGUAAGGUAGUAUUCAAAAGUUACCUUCUUUAGUCUGAUUCUGCUUUCGGCUUUUUAAAGUGUUUUAAUGCAAAAUAUAUAGUUACGACACACUGUUUUCAGUACAAUAUUUUUCUACCGACAUCAACAAAGUAGUUGCACUAAGAAAUUCCUGCCACCUGAAUAGAGACAUAACUUAGAAUUGUCAAAAUAGGACAAUGGCAUUACUUUCACGGGAAACCUAAAGGCUAUUAUAAUAAUCAGUUAUCUAUCCAUCUCAGCAUAGACCUCACUUUUUACAAAUGCUACGUUUUAUAGUAAAUAUAAUUUGAUGAAAUUAUUGUAUAUUUAGUAUAGAAUAAACAUUUAAACUAGACUAUAGUUUUGUUUCAAAAUCUCUAUGUUAGUUGUGGAAAUAAAAUAUAAAUCAGUUGAUUUUAUGAGCGAUGAACACCUUGACUUUCAAAUACGUGGAUAUUUCACAUGCUUUUACAUAGUUGUUUACAGAAACACUCUACUUAUCUUCCAGUUGUAGUAAUAAUAGACUGAUGUUCAAGUAUUUGCGAGUCAAUCUCGGCUUAUGUGACGUAGGUUUACAGAGUAGUGUGUAGAACGAAACAUACCUACUAAAACAAGAAAAGUAAGUUAUCUCUAUAAGAAAGAAAGAAAGAAAACAUAUUUAUUUAUAACGGUAUUGAACGCGGCUAGUAUGUGAGAGCAUCCAUUUAGUACUCUCAUGACGAUUUUAUGGAGAUCAUCAGGCCUCAUACAUCUUUUCCAGAUGACGAGUAACCUAAUUUGUAUGAGUAGUAAAAGAGAAUGGGGUUGAACCGGCGACAGCGGUUCUUAUACAAAAUGCGCGUUAGGACCUUUCAAACCUCUUUCUUCUAUUCCCUUAUUUAUACAGUGCCUAGGAGGCACUUUUUUAUAACUAUACAGGGUGUUAGUAACAUCGUAACGAAAACUUUGAGGGAUGAUUCAGACCAUGAUUCUGAGUCGAUAUCAAGUGGAUUUUUCCGUCGCAAAAAUCAUGUAUUUUUUUUAGUUUUUUUUAAUUAUUUUCAAUUCUAUACUUUUGCGAUGGAAAAUUCCACUUGAUAUUAACUCAGAAUAAUCAGCUGAAUCAUCCCUCUCAGUAUUCGUUACGAUGUCACUUACACCCCGUACAAGUACAUACGGUAGCCAUACAAGUAGGUAUGAAUGUUAGUGACAUCGUAACGAAUGUUGAGGGGGAUGAUUCGGACCAUGAUUCUGAGUUGAUAUCAAGUCGAAUUUCCUGUCAAAAAAUUCAUUUUUGUGUUUUUAUUUAAUUAUUUUCCUAUCCAUACUUUUGCGACAGGAAAUUCCACUUGAUGACAACUCAGAAUCAUGGUCUGAAUCAUCCCUCUCAGUUUUCGUUACGAUGUCACUAACACCCUGUAUAAGCCAAUGCGAGAGCGCAGUGGUUUAUGGAGAUAACUUACUUAUAAAGUAACGCUUUUGACUUCCCUAAAUUAUUCUUACAUUGUUUUGUUGUGCAAUAACUGUAGAUCAAUGGAAUAUUCUAGUUAUAAUUCUAGACUAACUGUUUAGUUAAGCCAUAUGUUAAUGAGAUUACUGAGCGGAAGAUCUCUUGUCGCCAAAGGCGUAUCUUUAUUGCAGAAGUAUUUAGUAGAGACAGAUUUAAGUCCGGUCGUACUGAUGUAAAUGCAACCAAUAUCGAUAAAAAUAAUCAUAGUAAUCGGUGUCAAAAAAACUAUUAAUUAUUAUUAUUACGUUUAAAAUAUUAAGCUUACGGUUUUCACGAUUCUAGUUAUAAUAAAAUUAAAAUAAAUUUAUUUUCGUUUAGGUACAUUUAUGGUAUUUGGACUCGUCGGAAUCUUGCCAUAAUGACUGAAGACUCGUAAAGCGUCUUAAACAUUGUUUACUAUGAAAUAUUUAAUUGUGACAAAAUUCUAUUUCGUCUCAGUGCAAUCGGGCUUCAUUCGUUCGUUUAUUUUUUUAUUAUUAUUUAUAAAAAGUGGGGUCUGACUGCUAUCUAUAGGGAUGACUAUACAGUGCCUGGACUGAUUGAAGCGACGUGAAAACAGAUAAAAAGAGAAUAAUAAUAUAUUGUAAAUAAAAGGUUAAAAAUAACUAA